ACAGACCCAGAGGCUUCAACACCGUCAGCAACCCCUGAGGGCCGGAGUGGGCCUCAUUCCCCCGGGGGAAGACGCCUAACCCGGCUAGGCUCACAGACUCCCCCUCCAGGACGCAGCACGUGUGCGCCAUCUUGGCCACUUCACGAAAGCAAUGGUGCCUCAUUUAACAGUGACAUGGUGGUCACUGACGGCAACGGCGCUGUCAAGCUGGCGCAGCUGUGUAAGUUCUGCGACGUGAGGUCGUCCACCUGUGACAACCAGAAGUCCUGCUGGAGCAACUGCAGCAUCACGGCCAUCUGCGAGAAGCCGGAGGAGGUCUGCGUGGCCGUCUGGAGGAAGAAUGAUGAGAACAUCACGCUGGAGACGGUCUGUCACGACCCCAAGAUUGCCUACCAUGGAUUUGUCCUGGAUGAUGCUGCUUCUUCAAAGUGUAUUAUGAAGGAAAGAAAGGGGUCUGGAGAGACUUUCUUCAUGUGCUCCUGCAGCUCCGAAGAGUGCAACGACCACAUUAUCUUCUCCGAAGAGUACACCAGCAGUAACCCCGACUUGCUGCUGGUCAUCUUCCAAGUGACGGGCGUCAGCCUCCUGCCACCGCUGGGCAUCGCCAUCGCAGUCAUCGUCACUUUCUACUGCUACCGCGUGCACCGGCAGCAAAAGCUGAGCCCGGCCUGGGACUCGGGCAAGCCGCGCAAGCUGAUGGAGUUCAGCGAGCACCUGGCCAUCAUCCUGGAGGACGACCGCUCCGACAUCAGCUCCACCUGCGCCAACAACAUCAACCACAACACGGAGCUGCUGCCCAUCGAGCUGGACACCCUGGUGGGCAAGGGGCGCUUCGCCGAGGUCUACAAGGCCAAGCUGAGGCAGAACACGUCGGAGCAGUUCGAGACGGUGGCCGUCAAGAUCUUCCCCUAUGAGGAGUAUGCCUCCUGGAAGACGGAGAAGGACAUCUUCUCGGACAUCAACCUCAAGCAUGAGAAUAUCCUGCAGUUCCUGACGGCCGAGGAGCGCAAGACGGAGCUGGGCAAGCAGUACUGGCUCAUCACGGCCUUCCACGCCAAGGGCAACCUGCAGGAGUACCUGACGCGCCAUGUCAUCAGCUGGGAGGACCUGCGCCGGCUGGGCGGCUCGCUGGCCCGCGGCAUCGCGCACCUGCACAGCGACCACACCCUGUGCGGCCGGCCCAAGAUGCCCAUCGUGCACCGGGACCUCAAGAGCUCCAACAUCCUGGUCAAGGGCGACCUCACCUGCUGCCUCUGCGACUUCGGGCUCUCCCUGCGGCUGGACCCCACGCUGUCUGUGGACGACCUGGCCAACAGCGGGCAGGUGGGAACGGCGAGGUACAUGGCUCCAGAGGUCCUCGAGUCCAGGAUGAAUCUGGAGAAUGUCGAGUCCUUCAAGCAGACGGAUGUCUACUCCAUGGCCCUGGUGCUCUGGGAGAUGACGUCUCGCUGCAACGCAGUGGGAGAAGUGAAGGACUAUGAGCCUCCAUUCGGGUCUAAGGUGCGGGAACAUCCCUGUGUGGAAAGCAUGAAGGACAAUGUGCUGAGAGAUCGAGGCCGACCAGAGAUUCCCAGCUCCUGGCUCAACCACCAGGGCAUCCAGACGGUGUGCGAGACGCUGGCCGAGUGCUGGGACCACGACCCCGAGGCCCGGCUCACGGCGCAGUGCGUGGCGGAGCGCUUCAGCGAGCUGGAGCACCUGGACAGGCUCUCGGGGAGAAGCAGCUCAGAGGAGAAGAUCCCUGAAGACGGCUCCCUCAACACUACCAAAUAGCUCUUCCCGCGGCCGGCCCAGCGCGGCCGCCCUGUGGCCAAAGAGCAGGGGCAGCAGGAAGCUGCCCCUGACGACGCUUCCUGGAACCCGGGGUGCUCCCUCCCGAGACGGGAGGGGGUGGCAGGAAGCAACCUCUGCCUUUGACGUUGUCAUAGGAUAAGCUGUGUUAGCACUUCCUCAGGAAAUGAGAUUGAUCUUACAAUAGCCAAUAACAUUUGCACUUUAUUAAUGCCUGUAUAUAAAUAUGAAAUAGCUAUGUUUA